CCAUUGCUGCUGCUGCUGCUGCUGCUGCCCUGUUGACUACUGGUCCCGCUGUCAAAUGUGUCCGACCUGCCUGGAUACAUCGCAUGUCCAUGCGGACACCCUUACAAGUACUACACAUACAAAUACGGAUUUGGCUGGACUGUGUAGCGAGUCACUGGGACUUCGAGGAGCCAUCUCCGCUUGGAGACAUUGAUUACAGUGGUUACCCAGAUGAAGAUUAAAGAUUGUCUUAGUUUGUUUAGUGUACGCAUGAAACUUCGAAUCUGAAGAAGGACAAUCACUUUCUGUCGGCUCAGCACAUUCAGGCAGUUUGGAGACAUGGGGGGGUUAAAGGUCAAUGCAUUUGCACACAACCUGGCCAAGGCCUGGACAUGUUAACCACUUGACAAGCUUGCCACUCAACUCGAUACGCCUCUUCAGUGUAAUGAGGCUGCACCGAGGACCACAUCUACUUGUAAGCAUCCAGUUAAUCAUUGAAUAAUUAGCCACCUUUGUCUUUCCUCUUGUGAUAGCAGCCAGCUGCUUUGUGUAUGAAAAGAAAAGAGUAGCCACUGAUAGGCUUCACAUCACAAUGCGCUUUUUGCUAUUUUUUUUGUUUAACACUUGUUGCUGAGUAACGUGCAAUGCUUUGCAGAUCUUCUAACACGUGUGUGCACUUACUAUUUGUCACAUGAAUGUCAGCAGCCAUAUUUUGCAUGAGGGAACAGCUUUGAUGCACGCACACAUUUUUAUAUUUAAGCUAUUUCACAUUUUCAAAUGUAAGACGCAAUUGUUGCAAAAUGCUUUCUGUGAAUUGAUAUACUGAGCAUAGAUGAUAACCCCCGAAGCUUCAUCAUAUAUGAAAUGAUAAACACCAAGAUAAUGACUGUUUGCUUAUCACUCCUACUACUACGCUGAAAAGAAAAGUACUUAAUUUUUGGUUGCACAUGAUUAAAAUGUGGUAAACUGAAGUAAUUUCCCCCUCUUUUCCUAAAAAAAAAAAAAAAAAAAUCAAUAUAUGCUAGUUCCACACACUGUAAUCAUGUCCAACUGAUGUACAUUUUCUAAUUAAGUACAUUUAAAGGACUUUUUAUCAGAGUACUACCAUUGAAAAUCAUCAUUAUCAUGAUAACGAUAAUAUUCAAAACAGUAGUGAGAAGCAAUAUAGUUAUGAUUAAAGCAAUAAUUAACAAAUGAAUAAAGGAAUGACUUAAUGACUGACUGACUGACUGACUGAAUGAAUGAAUGAAUGACACUGUACCCUGAAAAAAGUAAUGAAUUUUCAGUUGCACUUGAUUAAAAUGUGGUAAACUGAUGUAAUUUCCCCCUAUUUCCUGGAAAAAUAAAGAAAUAAUGUAUGUUAUGUUAACACAUUUUAAUCAUGUGCAACACAUUUACAUAUUUGAAUUAAGUAAACUCAAAGGACUUUGUUUCGGUGUGGAGUAAAAGCAGAUAUUUCCAAAUGUUAUAUUUUGAAUAAACAAAGAUAAUCAGUCUGCUUUCAUGGAGGAAUGAAGAAAUCUGAGAAUAUUUACUGUUGAGAGGAUGUAAUCGGAGGACUUGGACAAUUUUAAGUUAAAUAAGGUCUCUUAAAGGAAUAAUCGAUUAUUAAAAUAGUUGUUAAUUUGAUGAUCGAUUAGUUGUCGAUUAAUAAAACAAUGGUCAUUUAGUAUACAGCAGGAAAAUAAAAAUAAAAAUGUGAUUUAACGUGCAAGACUGACAUGCACAACUACUACUACUCUCAUUAACAUCUACUUUUACUACUACUACUACUAAUAAUAUUUACAAACAUUUUAUAUAUUUAUUUUUUUAGAGUUGUUUUGUUUUAUUUAUUUUUUUAAAUGUACAGUACGUCUUAUUUCACCUUCGCCAGCCUAGCAGGCCGUCAUAAAAUCGUUUGCAAAAUGUGCAUUGACAACCUGUGCUUGUCACAUUCAAUUAUUUUUGUACAGUAAACAUAAUAGGUACUUUGCCAAACACCCAGAAAGGGAGCAUUCAAGUUGACACAAAUGAAAUGGUGGGAAAAUAUUCACAAUUUAUUCGUAAUAAAUCACAAAAUGAUGUUAAAUUUUAAACAUUUUAAAAUGAAGCGCAGAAGGAGUGCUUUGCAGUAUUUCUUCUGCCAUCUUAUUUUGUCAUGUGCAGAGCACCAAAAAAUGCAAUGCAACAACAAAGCCAACAGCCGCAGUGAGUACUUUUUGUUAAGUGGUAUCGAUGAGGCCAUCCCUCAAAGUUCUUUUACGUCAUAUUUGCUAUUGACCUUAGCAGCCCUUUGAUGAAGAUGGGGUGAUAACGAGUGGGGGUUCACACUUCUUCUGAUGACCAGCUCCCCUUCAAGAAUAAACCCCACCCCGACACUGUGUUGCUGCUUUACCAAGGCCUCAGCUGAUCAAUAUAUAAGGUAUUCUGACACAAGCAGUCGGACACACGGCGACUCACAGAGAAGGAACACACAACCACACUGACCUCUGUCACAUCGGAGGUCCGUUCGAAAUCCGUUCGUGUCCAGACCUUCAUUUCAGUGCUGCCAUGUGGAAGGACUCUAGUAAUGAUGAUGCCAGACCCCCGGCCUCCAGUGGCGCCUCUUCUCGCAGCGCCAGCCGCAGGAAGAGGACCAGCUUUUCCAAAGAGCACGUAGAGCUCCUGCGUGUCACUUUUGAGACUGACCCAUACCCUGGCAUCAGCCUCAGAGAGAGCCUGUCUCAGACGACAGGCCUUCCAGAAUCCCGUAUCCAGGUGUGGUUUCAGAACAGGAGAGCUCGUACACUAAAGUGCAAAGGGGCCAAGAAAGCACUGUGGCAAGCUGAUAGUCCAAUUCAAAACGCUCCGGCUCCACAUCACAAUGUGGCUCGGGGGCCACAGAGUGGGCCGGUUUCUAUGGGGCGACAGGGUCCCCCGUCAUCCUACCCCACGCGGGUGAAGGAAGAGAUGGAAGAACCCUGCUUUUAUGGACACUGUCCUCCAAUGUACACCACUAUCGAGGAUCAUCGACAAUAUGGCUCUAUGUACGGUCUCCAUCAGAGCACACCACUGGGCAACAGCUCCAGCCCACACCUGAGGGGCUACUGGUCCCAGCCAAGCACCCAAACAGACCCUGUGACCCCGCUGUGGUGCAACUCUCCCGCGGAGGGGCGCAGCUGCAGCGCAAGCACUCUCGCCUUCAUGUGCCCAAGAAACUACACGGCCCGCUCCAGCUGUCACUCCACCAGCCCAGACACCCCAGAUUCGGGAUACUGGGAUCCCAGCAUCGAAAACAGCCCCCCACUGGACGGUCUUUACUCGCAGCUAGAUGUUUCGUGGGGUGGUCUGGAAGGUUGCAGGCGGUCUGGAUUUCAAUCACUGGUCCAGCAUGCUCCCUUGCCUGAGCUGUCCCUCCAGGAGAUCCUCGGGGAGCUGGAUGAGGACUGGCUUGGGGGAGGACACGAGAAAAUGGCCCUGUGUUGAUGACUCUGUAAGCAGAUAUCAUCCGGAAUCAUAUGUAAUCUUUGAUUAUCCUCAGUUCUGUGUUCCUUCAGAGGCCUGUACAUACAAAUAACUCAAAUGGCAAAGUGUUACAAAUGAGAUCAAUACUACACAAAGCCCACCCACAUAUAUAUGUGCAUUUUCCCGCUGUUAAUGUAUUUAUUAAUUCAGCCUCUAUUUAUUAUUAUUAUUAUUAUUACCUGUAUUUAUGUUUUUUCCCCUGCACUUUUAUAUAAAUAAAUAAUUUUAAAAUGUUUUUUUUCUUUAUUAAUGUAUUUAUCGAUAUACACUACAACACAUCUGGCAAUAUUUGUGUUGACAGAAGGAAAACACAUUUCUGAACACACAACUGAAAAUAGGCCAUGAAUAACCACAAGAUGGUGCUUGUGAGUAGGACACGCUGGAAUUGCUGCGGUUCCUUCUUCUGAAGGACCACACAGCACAAGGGUAGAAGGAAAACACUGAUAAUACAUAAACAAAACCAUCCAUCCAUUUUCUGGAGCGUUUGUCCUUGUCGUGGGUGAGCUGGAGCCUAUCCCAGCUGACUUGGGGCGAGAGGCAGUGUACACCCUGGACUGGUCACCAGCCAAUCACAGUGCACAUAUAGACAAACAACCAUUCACACUCACAUUUACACUGCUGGAUAAUUGAUAGUCUUCAAUGAACCUAAUAGGCUUGUUC